CCGCGCGGUGGCUGCUGGGUCCUGCUCGGCUUCCUUUUCCUCGCCUCUACCCUUCCCCCCGCCCGUCCCCGCCUCCUCGGCUGCUCCGCUCCCUGGCGUGACUCGGCACUGAGAGUCCCGGUUAGAAGACGCCGCUGUCGCCACCUCCUCUGUCCAGGCCUUAGCCUUCCUGAGCGUCUCUCCUUCCUCUCUCGGGUCGUCUUCGCCUUCAAUUUCGAAGUCAGUGGCGUCGCAGCUGCCCAACCCGGCUCUCUGUGAGGAUGGUGGGAGUGAAGCCGGUCGGGAGCGACCCGGAUUUCCAGCCAGAGCUCAGCGGCGCGGGCUCCAGACUCGCCGUGGUCAAGUUCACCAUGAGAGGGUGUGGACCAUGUUUGAGGAUUGCCCCAGCAUUCAAUUCUAUGAGUAAUAAAUAUCCACAGGCUGUUUUCUUGGAAGUAGAUGUACAUCAGUGUCAGGGAACAGCUGCCACCAAUAAUAUAUCAGCAACACCUACGUUUUUGUUUUUCCGAAACAAAGUAAGAAUUGAUCAGUAUCAAGGAGCAGAUGCUGUGGGAUUAGAAGAAAAAAUCAAGCAGCACUUAGAAAAUGACCCUGGAAGCAAUGAGGACACAGAUAUUCCAAAAGGCUAUAUGGAUUUAAUGCCUUUUAUUAACAAAGCUGGUUGUGAAUGUCUUAAUGAAAGUGAUGAGCAUGGAUUUGACAACUGUUUACGAAAAGACAUGAGCUUUUUGGAAUCUGACUGUGAUGAACAGCUACUUAUUACUGUGGCAUUUAAUCAACCUGUUAAGCUUUAUUCCAUGAAGUUUCAAGGGCCAGAUAAUGGUCAGGGUCCUAAAUAUGUAAAAAUUUUUAUCAACCUACCCCGAUCUAUGGAUUUUGAAGAGGCAGAAAGAAGUGAACCAACUCAAGCUCUGGAACUGACAGAGGAUGAUAUUAAAGAAGAUGGCAUUGUUCCACUUCGUUAUGUUAAGUUUCAGAAUGUUAACAGUGUAACUAUAUUUGUUCAGUCCAAUCAAGGUGAAGAAGAAACAACAAGAAUUUCAUAUUUUACUUUUAUUGGUACUCCAGUCCAGGCAACAAAUAUGAAUGACUUCAAACGACUUUUUUAAUCCAACUCAAAUGAACUAAAAACAGAAGAUAUUUUAAAAUGAAGUAAUAUAAAGAUUGACAUUGUCUCACUCCCCUCCUUGCUUCUCUGCUCAUCUAGCACCUGUCUGCUCUCACCCUUCCCAUGUUCUCGCCAUUGCUGGUGCAAGAUUUCUACAGCUUCUAUCAUCUGGAUCAGCCUUCUUGUUACCUAGAUUUCCUCAACCAUCUCUUUCUUCAAAUCUCAUCCUAGUCCUGUUUCUCAGUUGGCCUUUUGUUUUGUUUUGGGCUUGCAACUAGGUGCUUUAAUUCAUUACCAUACCGUGUUGCUCAUCAGACCUUCUGUUAUUUUUUUUUUUUACUUUACACUGUUCAUAUUUAAUUUUGUACUACAUUUUGAGAAGUAAUACUGCAGUAAAACUUAAAUUGUUAUAAAUGCUUUCAGAUCUAACUAGUUGUCUAAUAAUGUUUUAAUCCAUUCUAAAGUUUAAAUUUUAUUUUUUAGGAACUAUAGAACCAUUUUGGUAAUUAAAGAUAACAGUUUCAUCAAGUUCAUAAAUUAGUGCUAGUAUAAUAUAUUGAUUAGUUUUAGUUGAAGAGUGUGGGUUUUCUUUUCCUACUGGAGCAUUAGCCCCUAAGUCUUUUUACAGAUUGUUUGUGGGCGUGUCCUCGGCUCUUGCCUAUCCAAGUGAACUCAAGGCCAGUUAAAGGACUUAUGGACUGAAUGUCAGGCUUGGUUAAAAUAUUAACAUAAAAGAUCAAUGGACUCUUUACUGAAAAUAUCUUGGACACCAAAUUUUGAUGUACCUAGACUUUUGUUUGUCUGUCUGAGGUGUAAUUUUAUAAAGACUUAAGAAUGAAUAAAAGAGUUUUACAUUUGGGGUGAGAAUCCAUAUUGGAA